AGGCUCCUGGGCCUUCCAGCACGGGCCGGGCGCGUGUGCGGCGCGCGACACCAGCUGCGCGGUCAUGGUCACAGUGGAUAUCAAGCCGGACCGUGUCGACGAUUUCCUGGCCGCGAUGGAGGUGGAUGUCACUAAAUCGCGGGACCAGGCAUCGGAUCCUGGUUGCAUGCGCUUCGACUUGCUGCGGAGCAUAGAGGAGUGUGGCUGACCCGCUGGCAGAGCCCACGGACACGGGCGCGAAUGAUUCUACGAGGCGUACUUGGACGACGGCGCGUCUGCCCACCACAAGAGCACUGCGCAUUACAAGGCGUGGGCGGACUUCAAGGCCAGCGGCGGCGUGGCGGGCCAGAGCGUGCGGAAGCUCGAGACCAGGAGCAUUCCGGGGCAGUGGGCCUUCCAGGGCGGUUCGCCCACCGUUCCGACCGUGGAGCUCGCUGGCGUGCGCGUACCGCUCCUCGGCUUCGGCACCUACAAGGUCGGCGCCGUGCCGGCCUCCGCGUCCGGCGCCACGGCCGCGCCGGCGCCGCCUGCUGGCCCUGCAGUCGUGGAUCAGGUGAUUAAGGACGCCCUGCUGUCGGGCUACCCCAUGCUGGACUGCGCCCAGUUCUACAUGAACGAGCAUUGGGUCGGAGACGCACUGAAGAAGUGCGGCGUCAGGAGAGACGACGUGUUCUUGGCGUCCAAGGUGUGGAACGACACCAUCUACGCUGGGCCCGAAGCCGUCAAGGCUCAGGUCGACAAGACCAUCUCGGAGCUGCAGUGUGGCCACCUCGACCUCUGCCUGGUCCACUGGCCAGUGCCGGGCAAGCACGUGGCCGCCUACAACGCGCUCCGGGAGUGCAAGGCGGCCGGCAAGGUCAAGGCGAUCGGCGUGUCCAACUAUUGCGUCGAGGACUUGGAGGAGCUCAAGGCGGCGGGCGGAUAUGGCACCAACGAGGCCGACCGGCCGGCUCUGAACCAGUUCGAGGUCAACCCGCUGCUGUUCCGCCGGAAGACGAUUGAUUAUUGCAGGAGCGAGGGCAUCCACGUGCAGGCAUACCGCGGCAUCAUGCAGAACCCCACAAAGGCGGCCGCCACCGUCCCCGAGCUUCAGCGCGUGUGCGAGGAGACGGGCCGGCCUGCCUCACAGGUGCUGGGGAGAUUCCUCGUGCAGCAGGGCAUCUCGCACCUGCCCAAGGCGAGCUCCCUGGAGCGCAUGAAGGAGAACUCCGACAUCUUCAGCUUCCAGCUCAUCACUCGGGGCUCUCCGCCUCACGACGGCGGCCGCCCUGGACGCGUUCCAGCAGCUGUACACCAAGUGCAUCUGGCGCGACACGCCAGAGGCGGGAAGUGCGCUGCCAGGUGACCGCACGCUCGACUAGGGGUUCGCACGUGUUGUGGCCUUACCUCUUAGGUUUCACGGCAUAGCCUCGGAUUUUUCCCGCGCUGAGCGUCGCGGCUCACAGCCACAACAGACGAGGGCAGCCCAGCGUAUAAGCGG